AUGGGUGGAAUGGGCUACACAAUGAAGAAAAACAUCAUGAAAACAGGAGACCCUGUAUACCUGCGGAAGGCCCUUGUGAACAAUCUUGGAGAGGAGAAGAGGACCAGGCUCCACAUUCAAAAACUCCAGAAGGCCUUGAAUAUCCGGUUUAGGGAGAUUGAUAAAGAAAAAGCAGCCCUGAGGAAUUUUUUGGGAAAGCUUCACAGGACAACUGGCUAUUUUCCACGACAGCCUCUCUGGAGCCAAGGGUGUAGUGGUGUGAUACACUUUAUUUUGGAGGUUAUUGGAUACCUCCCUGACAUGGAGAUCAUGAUCAAUGUACAAGAUUAUCUGCAGGUUCCUAAAUGGAUGGAGCCUGCCAUUUUAGUCUUCUCUUUCAGCAAGACAUUAGAGUACCAUGAAGAUAUCAUGUAUCCUGCUUGGACAUUCUGGAAAGGGGGACUCACUGUUUGGCCAAUUUAUCUUAUGGGUCUUGGAUGGUGGGAUCUCUUCAGGUGGCCAUGGGAAAAGAAAAAUUCCACAGCCUAUUUCCAAGGAUCAAGGAUGUCAGAAUGAGAUCCUCUCAUGCUCCUAUCUUGGAAAAAUCCAAAACUUGUUGAUACAUAGAACACCAAAAACCAGGCCUGGAAGUCUAUGAAAGAUACCUUGAAAAAGCCAGCUGCUAAGGAUGUCCAUCUUGUGCAUCACUGCAAAUACAAGUAUCUGUUUAAUUUUUUAGGUGUAGCUGCAAGUUUCUGGUUCAAACACCUCUUCCUGUGUGGUUCACUUGUUUUCCAUGUUAGUAAUGAAUGGCUGGAAUUCUUCUAUACACAAAUGAAGCCAUAGAUUCACUAUAUCCCAGUCAAAACAGAUCUCUCCAAUGUUCAGGAGCUUCUGCAUUUUGUAAAAGCAAAUGACGACAUAGCUCAAGAAAUUGCUGAAAGGGGAAGCUAGUGUAUUGUGAACCACUUGAGGAUGGAUGACGUCACCUCUUACUGGGAGAACCUGUUGACUGAAUACUCUAAAUUCCUGUCCUAUAAUGUCACAAGAAGUAAAGACUAUGAUCAUAUUAUUCCCAAAAUUUUGAAAACUGAACUCUAA